GAGGACACUGCUAAAGAUUUUUCAUCAAAUAGGUAUUUCGUAAAAUAUUUGUACUGUAGUGAUUGGACUUUUGUAAAUUCAAAAUAAAUGAAAAUAUGGCAUCGAAAAAGCUUGGUAGCAGUGAUAAACAAUAUUCGAUGAUGAAUUUUAUUAAAAAAAGCAGUAGAGAUCCCUCAAGGAGUAACAGCCCUAAUAGUGGCGAUAACAACAAAGUACUCGGUGUUGAGAAAAAGUCAAAGUUUGUUUGGAAGUCAAAAUCCAACACUUCAAGUUCAUGGACUCCACCAUUUAAGGCAAAUGGCCAUUCUGAUAAUCAAGUGGCUUCGAGCAUUCAACCAACAAUGAAUAAGCAGGCGAAACCAGUAGCAGCCAUUAGGAAGCAAAUCCCAAAUGAAAGGAUCAAAGUUAUGGACUCCAUGGAUGUUGAUGAGAUCCCUGAUUCCCCUGAUAUCUUCAAUGAUAAAUGCAAGACUCCAUCACCUGAAGUUUCAAAUAAAUCAAUUAGAAUAAGUGCCACCCCCACCCCACCGAAAUCCAAAUCUUCUGUAGAGAAAUCUGCCAAAACAUUGAGGACUCCAGAGAAGUUGAGUCCCAGGAAAGAUAAUGACCCAUUGAGAAACUUAAAACUAGAUAGUUCUCUAUCGGGGUUUUUGAGUAAGAUAUCAGAAAAUCCAGCCCUCAGUCAAAAGGAAAAUAACUCGCAUAAGUUGGAAGACAUAGAAAAAUGUAAGAUGCAGUACAUAGAGCUGUUAGAGAAAAUAAGUGAUGCCUUUGACAGAAUACCAAAUGUUAUUAGAGAGAAAUUUCCAGGCUAUGAUAAGAGAACAUAUGCAAAAAUGAAGUCCUUAAAGUCAAAACUGAAGCAUGUUAUAAAGCAAAAUAAUGAGAAUGAUAAAGUACCGAUACAUAAAAUAGAAUCACCAAAAGUUGCUACUAAUUUGAAUGGUAGCAGUCCAUCUAUGUUGCAAAACUAUGAUGAUGACCUUAGUGAUUUUGAUCUUGAGUCAAGUGGUAUGAACAAAAAAAGGCUUACUAACACUGAAAUAAAUAACACCAGUAAAUUAGCCACUUCCACACCAGACACAAUUAAUUUCAAUAAGCUACCUGGACCUAGUAAAACUAUUUAUUCAGAUUUAAUGGCCAAAAAGUCUCUCUCGUUUGACGCAUUUUCUCCCCGAGACGAUGCGUCAAAAAAUUUAGAAACUAGCGCCCAAUCAGACACAGGGAAUUUAGAUGUGUCUGAUAAUGUUAACAAAAGCAAAGGCAAGUUUGUGUUCAAAAGACCUUCAAGGCUCAUGUCCGAGGAUUCUAGCAGUAAGACUUCCACCCCUAACAGAGAUGUGCCUUCAAGUACACUAGAAAGACUGAAGAUAGCCUCAGAAAAGCUCAAGCCUUUAGUGCAAGAGGAGCCGCCGAAAUGUGCGCCCAUAGCCAAUAGUUCUGUAGAGUUCCAACCUCCUCAACUGAGCAAAAGUUCUCUGAUGAAUUUUGAUAAGCCAUGCACUAUAGUUUCUCCGAUCGUAAAGGAGACCAUAGUCCAGGAUUAUAGCGAUGAGAUAGACGACUACGAAAUCCCUAUUGACAUGGACGAUGAGCCAGACAUGUACCUCGCAGAAUCCAAAGGCAGUGUGAUUAACAUUAGUGAUUCUGUGGCGAGUACUAGUAAUGCUGAAUGUGUGAACAAUCUUGAUAUACCAGUUGAUGAUGAUGGUUUCCCCGAGUACCGGCCCGAAGACUUCGAAGACGACAUGGUGCUGCUGACCAGUAAGGAGACAGAGGUAGUGAAUUUGAUGGACCAGUCCAUUGCGAACGACAAUGGGAAGGCCAAGUAUGAAGGGAUGGGGGACUUCCAUGCUGGCACCAAGAACGAUGGGAUUACAGGCGAGUUCGACGGCUUCUCGUUCCCGCAUUCAGAGCUGAUGAUGGAAACCUUCCGCGAGAAGUUCGGACUCAAGUCCUUCCGGCCCAACCAGCUGCAGGUCAUCAACGCGGCGCUGCUCGGCCACGACGUCUUCGUGCUCAUGCCCACCGGCGGAGGAAAAUCAUUAUGCUACCAGCUGCCUGCGAUUUUGACCCCCGGAGUCACCAUCGUUAUAUCCCCAUUAAAAUCACUCAUCUUGGACCAAGUGAACAAACUGCUUUCACUUGAUAUCCCCGCCGCGCACUUAUCGGGCGACGUGUCUCUAGCGGCUACCGAUGAGGUAUACCACAAGCUGUCCAUGCGCGAGCCGCUCAUCAAACUGCUGUACGUCACUCCCGAGAAGAUCAGCAGCUCGCCCAAGUUCCAGGACAUGUUGGACAACCUGCACUCGCGAGAGAAGAUCGCCAGAUUCGUGAUAGACGAAGCGCACUGCGUCUCCCAGUGGGGCCACGACUUCAGGCCGGACUACAAGCGGUUGUACUUGCUGCGGCAACGCUUCCCCGGCGUCAAGAUCAUGGCGCUAACUGCCACCGCCACGCCGCGCGUGCGCAUCGAUAUUCUACACCAGCUGCAGGUGAACAGCUGCAAGUGGUUUUUAAGCAGCUUCAACCGGCCCAAUCUGGCGUACAGGAUCUUAGAGAAGAAACCCAAGAGUGUGAACCAGGACGUGGCCAAUCUUAUCAAGGAAAAGUUCUUUAGGGCAUCCGGUAUCGUGUACUGUCUAUCGCGCAAAGACUGCGACAACUUGACUCAAGACUUGCGGCGCGCUGGCAUUCAGGCCGCCUCCUACCACGCGGGCCUUAGUGACAAGCAACGCGAGGCUGUCCAGGCUGGAUGGGUCGCUGAUAAGCACAAAGUGAUCUGCGCAACAAUAGCCUUCGGCAUGGGCGUGGACAAGGCAGACGUGCGCUUCGUGGUGCACCACAGCAUGCCCAAAUCCGUCGAGGGAUACUACCAGGAGGCGGGACGCGCCGGACGAGACCAGGAGCCCGCCGCCUGCCUGCUCUACUACUCCUACUGCGACGUGCUGCGCCACCGCCGCAUGAUCGACAGUGAGUGGGGGGCACCCGGGGGGCACCGCGCCGGCGCGACCAGGAGCCCGCCGCCUGCCUGCUCUACUACUCCUACUGCGACGUGCUGCGCCACCGCCCGGCGCGACCAGGAGCCCGCCGCCUGCCUGCUCUACUACUCCUACUGCGACGUGCUGCGCCACCGCCGCAUGAUCGACAUGGAACGCAACUCAGUGGCGGAAGCCAAGCGGGUCCACAUCGAGAACCUCCUACGGAUGGUGGAGCUAUGUGAGAGCGUGACGGAGUGCCGCCGCGCGCACGUGCUAGCGUACUUGGGAGAACGGUUCAAUAGGGAACUGUGUAUGGCUGCGAAAGAGACUGCUUGCGACAACUGCUUGCAAGCGCACGAUUACAAGGUCAGUGUUAUAUCGAACCUUCUAAGGAUGAGGCAGGGCACCGACGAGGUGGUCAGACGCGGGACCGAGGAAGUAAAAAUGGUGGAGCUAUGCGAGAGCGUGACGGAGUGCCGCCGCGCGCACGUGCUAGCGUACUUGGGAGAACGGUUCAAUAGGGAGCUGUGUAUGGCUGCGAAAGACACUGCUUGCGACAACUGCUUGCAAGCGCACGAUUACAAGGUCAGUGUUAUAUCGAACCUUCUAAGGAUGACGGGGACCGAGGAAGUAAGGAUGGUGGAGCUAUGUGAGAGCGUGACGGAGUGCCGCCGCGCGCACGUGCUAGCGUACUUGGGAGAACGGUUCAAUAGGGAGCUGUGUAUGGCUGCCAAGGAGACCGCCUGCGACAACUGCUUGCAAGCGCACGAUUACAAGCCGGUAGACGUGACGGAGGAGUGCCGCGUGAUCGCACGCAGCUUGCGCGACGCGUGCCGCUCGGGUCGCUCGCCCUACACGCUGCUACACGUGGCCGACGCGCUCAAGGGCUCCAUGCAGCAGCGCUUGAAGCCGCUGCAGGACUCGCCGCUGUUUGGGAAAUGCAAGUCAUGGCAACGAAGCGACCCUGCCCGCUUGCUACGUCAACUGGUGGUGCGCGGGUUACUAGCGGAGCGCCUCGUGGUCACCAACGACAUCGCCGCCGCCUACCUGGCGCUCGGGCCCAACGUCGACAAACUAAUGUCAGGCAACCUGCGCAUAGUGUUCCCUAUGAAAUGCGACAAGAAGGCGUCUCUACUGGCGCCAGCCGCGCCCGCCGCCGCCGCCGACUCGCCCGUGGCUGCCCUCGUCAAGCGCAUCGAAGAGCGCUGCUACGCCGACCUGGUGGAGGCCUGCAGAGAAAUGGGUGCGGCGCGCGGUGCGUCCCUUGCGGCAGUCCUGCCACAAGCCGCGCUCAAGGCCAUGGCGGUGCGCCUGCCCGAGACAGCUGAAGACAUGUUAGCGCUGCCUCACGUCACGCGCGCCAACUACGACAAGUACGGAGCCGACCUGCUCAAGAUCACCUCGGGAUAUGCGGUCGAGAAGAUUGGCCUGCUAAUGCAGUACCAAGACGAGUUAGAAGAAGAGAAGCCAGCGGAUGACUUCCAGGAGUCGGGAGGUGACUCCGACACGGACUGGGCGCGCCUGGGCCAGGCCAGCCAAAGCAGCACGGCCAGCCAGCGCGGACGGAAGACCUACCGUGGAGGCGUGAGGAAGAGAUACAAGCGCAAAGGCACGUCGUCAGCUAAGAAGAAAGCCUACCGCAGUUCCUACACUCGCGGUCGCGGCUCCAAUAGCACCUCUACCGGUUGGGGCACCGCCUCCACCAGUAGGGGCGGAGCCAACAGUAGUAGGGGCGGAGCCAACAGUAGUAGGGGCGGAGCCAACACUAGUAGGGGCGGAGCCAGCAGUAGUAGGGGCGGAGCCAGCGGUAGGGGCGGGGCCGGGCGCGGCACCACCAAGCUAGCGAGAACCGCUGCAACCAAAGCUCCGAGCAAGCUGGGCAGUAUGCCUGUCCCGAGGACCAAUUCCGCCGUCAUCAACACGCGGCCAGGUGUCUUUAACCCUUCUAAGCUCAACUUGCUGUGAAAAAUGUAAAGAACUGCUACAUUGCUAUAAAUCUACCUACUAUAAUUUAAUACCAAUAAGUUGAUUUAUUUGGCCCAGUCAAUCGCUGCCGGUAAUCGAUUGAAAAGGGGCUCAAAUGUACCUGAUAUUUCAGUAUAAUUGAAAAUUAAAAAAUGAAAAUGAAAAUGUUUAUUGCCAGAAUUAUUAUUUAAAUUCGAUUUGGACAUUUUAGCUUGUGAAUCAAAACUCGAUUCAAACUCCAAAAUGUGUAAGAAUCUGUGAUUAGUUAUUUAAUCUAAUGUUGAAACUUAUCACAGGCGCCAUUAUUACUUUUUGUCUAAUUUAGAUUUAUAUUGUGACUGUAAUUCUCGAUAACUUUUUAUUGAUUGAAUCGAAUUUAAAUACUGAUGUUUAACUGAUAAUAUCAAUCUCAAAAGAAACUCGGAAACAUUCAUUAAUCUCUCCAAUAAUAAACCAACAUGAAAUUAUCUAAAUUAAUUCAAACCAAUUUAUUAAAUUAAAUUAAUAAAUUUAUUAAUAUAAAUGUGAUAAUUGAUGAUACCUGUAAAUAUUAAUAAAGUAAUUUUCUUCUUAAA